UGAGGGACUCCAGCACUGUGCACCUGCAGGCUCUGCCAGCCCUCGCUCUCCAUCAGCCUCCUCCUGAGCUGCCGCAAGGGAUAAUGGCACUCUCUGCCUUGCGGGGUCUCCUCCUGCUGUACUGCCUGGUGCUCGUCACCCAAAGAAAACUUUCUGAGGAGAAAGACAUGUCCAGUUCUGACUGUGAUGAUGACACACGUUCAAGGUGCCAAAAGGUUUACCGUCCCAUCACAGAGAAUUUCUUUAAAUUGUACCAAAAUCCAAAAUAUUGGCCAGAAAACACUAACAUUUUGUUCUCACCGAUAAGCCUCGUGGCUGUGGUUGCAAUGUUCUCCCUGGGGACCAAAGCUGACACUCAAGCUCAGAUCAUGAAGUGCCUAGGGCUCUCCCAUCGGGAGCUGCCCAGGAAUCUGAUCCAACAGUGCUUACAGUGUCUGCCCUACGUACAGCACCGGCCGGACGAUGAGCUCCAGCUGACUGCCAGCAGCCACCUGUUCAUCGGCAACAACCUGAAGCUCAAGCACAGAGUGCUGAAGAACCUCAAGCUGUACCACGCAGAACACACGUCCAUGAACUUCACGGACACUGAACAGGUAGUGCAGCAGCUCAGCAAGUAUGCAGAGAAGGACACCCAGCGAGAAAUCAUGGGCUUCAUCAAAGAGCAUAACAAAGAUGCAAAUCCAGUCCUCCUGAAUUACAUGAACUUUCGUGGAAAACUCAGUGAUGAAUUUCAGACAGUGAGUGUGGCGGACGAGAACUUCUACGUAGAUGAGAACACCACCAUCCAGGUGCCCACCUUGUACAGCUGGGGCAGGUUUUACCUCCAGCGAGACGAGCUUCUGUCCUGCUGGGUGCUGGUUCAGUUCUACGUGGGGAACAUCACUGCUUUCUUCUUCCUGCCUGACCGGGGAAUGAUGCAAAGGCUGACAGAAAAGUUAACCACAGAACACCUCGAAAACAUCAGGAAAUUCACCGACAUAAAGAUCUACCGCUUACGUUUUCCCAAGCUGACCAGUAUCUCGAUCAACAACAUGAAUACCUUUCUGAAGAAAUUAAACAUCACCAAGUUCUUCGAAGAUGAGGAGAACUACUGGGUGUCCAAGACUCGGGCACCAAAGACGUUCCCUGAGCUUCUGCAGCAGUCUGUGCUGAGCAUGAGUGAGAACGGGACAGAAUUCGAAGCGACCACUGACACACCGGUGGAAUACUCCUACAGGGACCUCACUGUCCGGUUCAACAGGCCCUUUGUGGUCAUCAUUGGCAUUUGGAACGACUUCAAUGCCAACAUCCCACUCUUAAUGGGAAAAGUGUGGAACCACUGCAGUGGCACGGGCAGGACCACUGCCGAAGUGCUGGCGCCAUGA